AUGGCCCACUGGAGAGAUGAGUACUUGGCUGCCCUGACAGUUCGAGAUCAGAGAGAGAAAGCUAAUGCUUCUCUCUACGAUGCCUAUACUCGGCUUGCAGAUCGCACCAGCAACCUGCACGCUGUAGCUGCUGCUACGAGCGCCAGCUCAACCCCUAGACAGAGCGAUUCUCAAAGCAUUCCAGCUCCACUGCUAGUACCAUCUAAAAAAUUACAGGCUGCUGAAUCAGCCUCCACCCCGACUGAUCUUCUCAAUACAGCUCGUGCUGAGCUGUCUGAGGCACAGCGAUCCCGCUAUGACUUACAAGACCGCUUGAACCGAGCGAACACAGAGUUAGAGAAGCUCCAAAAGAAAGCCAAGUUGGAUGAUAGACGCAUCAGCAGUUUAGAAAGCGAGAAGGUGCACAUACAGCUUCGUUUGAAAGACAGAGAUGCCGAACUGAAAGGGAAAGCCAAGCUUUUAGAGGAUUUCCAAGAUGAGAUGGCAACCUUGAAUCUUCAACUCAACAUGUCUGAGGAUCGGUCAACUCGCCUUCAAAAGGAAAAUCAGGAUCUGGUUGAUCGUUGGAUGGCGAGAAUGGGCCAAGAAGCUGACGCCAUGAAUAAGGCGUCGAAAUUUUCUUAA